AUGAAAGAACUCGCGCUCCUGAGUCCCCGACUCCAGAAGAUGCUACUCCGCAUUUUACGUUACGAUUUAACGUUGACCUAUGUUCCCGAGAAAUUCUUGUACUUCGCGGACACGCUGUCCAGGUUUCCGACAAACGCCAAUAUCGCAACACCAGAACUGGAGUACCGACUGGUGACCGUACACGCUCUCGUGGCUAUGUCCGAUACUCGAUGGACUCAACUCCAACAACACACGAAGGAAGACCCCCAGAUUCAGCACGUCAUGCAAUACAUCCGAUUCGGCUGGCCCAAAGCUGACUGCCACGCACUUACGAGAGUGUUCUGGGAUUUCAAAGAAGAACUAACGGAGGAGGAAGAACUCCUCUACAGCGGACAACGAUUGGUGGUUCCCGAUAAAUCCCGGAAACGAGUCAUCGAAGUGCUACACGGAGCUCACCAAGCUUCAGAGCGCAUGAUUCGUCAAGCUCGUCUCAGCGCAUACUGGUCAGGGAUGACGUCUGAUCUACGUAGUGCAGUAGACCGAUGCUCUCAGUGUCAAGCGUAUGCCCGAGCCAACUCGAAAGAGCCCCUGCAUCCGUUGCCGGCGACGCCGCAUCCAUGGCUUACCGUGGCUCUUAAUCUGUUCCAUGUUGACGACGUGGCCGUUGAUUAUUUCUCGAAAGAUUUCUUGGUGAGACAACUUCAGACUUCUAGUACACAGGUCGUGUGCUGGACCUUGAUUGAUUGGUGGCUCAUUCAGGGAAUUCCCCGAGAGAUAAUCUCAGACAACGGUCCCCCGUUCUUCAGCGAGGGCUUCAGAGCGAAGCUGCAAGAAUGGGACACAGUCCACAGCACAAUAUCACCCGGCCAUUCGCUUGCGAAUGGCCUUGUCGAGCAAACGAUACAGACACUGAAGGCUGUCAUCUGGAAAUCGAAAGCCUCUGGCGAAGAUACGGCGCUACUCAGCCUGCGCACUACACCGGCUCCCGAUGGGAUCUCUCCCGCCGGAUUGUCCACCGAGAGAGUCGUCCGCUCGCUGCUGCCGACAUCGAGUGAGCCUUUGGAAAACCCGUCAAGAAACACUUGGCGGAGAAGACGCGCAGCUCUGAGAGACAACGCUUCGAAGGCCAAAGAGUAUUUCGAUCGUCAUUCACGUGCUCUGGAGCCACUGAAAAGUGGACAGGAAGUAUGGCUGCAGACAGACACUAGACAGUGGAGACCCGCAACACCCAUCAGGACCUUUGCCAAUAGAGCCGCCCCCGACAAGUUCGCCUGGAAGACCCUCACCAGCAUCAUCGGCUAUCGAAGAUUUCUUAACACCCCCGUCAAACCCUGCGGGACGGAACCAGGAUACCAGCCCUCUAGCCAUAGAGAAACCAAUACCGACGCGGACUCCUCGUUCUACCAGGAACCCGAGACCUAA